AUGGGUGCUCUUUGCUCAAUUGUUGAUAAAGACGGUGGAGAGCCAUCAGAAGGAAAGGCCCCAUCGCAACUUCAUUCUCAAACACCGCGACGACUUCAUAAGAUGUCUCACUUUAGCAAGCCUAGCACAAAAUCGCAACAGAACUGGCGCGCAGCUAUUCACAACCGAGAUUUUGGAGAUGAGACCGAAUACACCAAAGCUUUGGAGCUGCUUCGGUCAGAGGAAAGAAGCAGGGCAUUUGAUUCCGAAGUCAUCGCUCACGCCUCAAAAAUCGAGAAAGAAGCUGCUGCUCUGGUUCUGAAAAUAAGAGCUUUCGACUGGGACAAUACGUACGGAACAUCACAUGACGCUCAGGGGGAACCUACCGGGAAGAGGACCCAGGGGGAGCAUUUCCUAGGGAACGUCGAUCUCAUCAAUAAAACAGAGUUGAUGCAAGUCGCAAAACGGAUGCCCAAGGGAGCACAUCUUCACGUCCACUUCAAUUCCUGUCUGCCAGCGAGAUUCUUAAUUCAGCAGGCGAGGGACAUCGACGCUAUGUAUAUUCGGAGUACACUCCCUCUGACAAAUCCGGAGAACAUGGCAGCAUCAAGAAUCUCAUUUAUGGUUAUGACACCACAUGAGGCUACUCACAUCAAAGAUCCAGCCGGAAUUGAAAAGCAUGUGCCUUUGGGCAAUGUCUGGGAUGAAAACUACGUUUGCAAUACGUGGAUGCCGUAUCAAAAGUUCCAACAGAACUUCGAUUUUGUCGACGAAAGCGGACAGACAUUGAAAGGGACUAUAGGGGCUGAAUCUUGGCUGGAGAAAAAGAUGCAAAUAUCAGAAAGCGAGGCAUACGGAGUGCAGCAAACAGGUCGUGGAAUAUGGGAAAGAUUUAAUUAUCGGACCCAGAUGAUGAAAGGACUAUUUGCCUAUGAAUCAGCCUUCCGCAACUACACUCGCGAGUGUAUUAAAGAUUUCGUUAGCGACAAAAUCCAAUAUGCCGAAAUCCGACCUAAUUUUAUGAGCAAUAACUCGCUCAAGACUGACGAUGGGAAGGGUUCUAUUGGGAAUGAAGGAAUCAUGAAAAUCAUCGAUGAGGAGCUCAAGGCUACUAUGCAAGAACUCCAGAAACGUGGCGAAUAUUUUGGGGGCAUGAAAGUAAUCUACUGCACUCCACGAUCCUUCCAGAAGCCUCAGAUACAAAGGGCUUUGGAUGAAUGUAUAGAUUUGAAAAAUAAAUACACAGGGUUGCUCUGUGGCUUCGAUCUUGUUGGCCACGAGGAAAUGGGCAAUGAACUUCGGUAUUUUGUCCCAGAAUUCCUCGAUUUCCGGAAGAAGUGCAAAGAGCAGAACCUUGACAUCCCAUUUCUCUUCCAUUGCGGUGAAACUCUGGAUGUUGGCUCGAAAGUGGACGGAAAUCUGUUUGAUGCUGUCCUUUUGAACGCUAAACGUAUCGGUCACGGAUACGCCAUCGCGAGACAUCCACUUAUUAUGGACAUAUUCAAGGAGAAAAAUAUCGCUAUCGAGUGUUGCCCAAUCUCAAAUGAAGUACUAGGGCUUACUCCAGUUGCUGCGGGUCAUCAUCUUCCUAUCUUGUUGGCAAAUGAUGUUCCUUGCACGGUUAACAGCGAUAAUGCCACAUUCUACAGAUCUUCAUUAUCCCAUGACUUUUACCAAGUCAUGAUCGGCUCCGAAUCCAUGACUUUACUUGGCUGGAAACAGCUUGCUAAAUGGAGUUUAGAGCACAGUUGUAUGGAUCCCGAGCAGUUGGCAAGCGUGACUGAGGAAUGGACAAGGAGGUGGCAAGAUUACUGCCAGUGGAUUGUUGACGAGUAUGGUCCUCGAUUGCAAAAUUGGGAACCACAGCCAGGCCGUCAUUGA